AUGUGUACUUUUACUAAGAUUUGUAAUUUCAAAUCUGUGUUAGAAUCUAAUUUUAUAAUUGACAUAGAUAGAUAUUUUGAUGAUCAUGAUCAAUCAAAACUUACAAACUAUAUCAAUUUAUCAAAAGGUACUGAAACAAUAGAUGAAGAACUAAUCGAAAAACUAGAAUUAAAAAUAAGAACCAACAUUAUACUUUGGCAUUUUAAAAAAGCUAUUGAUACGCUCAAGCAAUGGAUAUUUCCAUAUGCAUGUAUGCAUUCAGACAUAUUAAGUCCACUAUUAGAUUACACUAGUAAUGGACAAAUUUUAAUGCAUGAAGAAUUCUAUAGUGAAUAUGAAUCUUCAAACCCAUUUUUUGUAUGGAAAAACAAAAAAUAUGAUAAAGAAAUAUCAAAAUUAUUAAAUGGAGAAGGAAUAACUAUAAUUGCAGAUAUAAGAGAAAGCAACCCUAAAAAAAGUGCAAUCAAGUUUAAUGAGAUAGGUAUCAAACUCAAAUCAAUAAAUAAAACUUUGCAAAAUAAAAUUGAUAAUGAGCUUAAACGCUUUACUAUUACUAUGGUUCAUUCAGGCAAAUCAUAUUAUAGAUAUAAGAAUAAGUUUUAUGUAAUAAGAAAUGAUGAACAAUGUAUUGAAUAUAGUUUUGAAAAAACAAAAACCAGAGAGCCAAUAGUAAAAAUUGAAUCUAUUGAAGAUGAUGAUUUUAGUAAAUUAAAGACAUUUGAGAAAGAAGUGAACUUAGAGUUAGUGGAACGUGAAAAGUAUAUAAAAACAAAAGGUAGCAAUGGUCCGACUCUUGAG